UACCGACACAAUCUUGCUAAAUUUUAUUCUGACUACAAUACGAAAUAAUGAAGGUUACAUAUUAGUAAAAUAAAUGUUACAUUUAGUAACAGUAUUGUAUCAACGAUAAUAAUAUACUAAUAAGAAAUACGAACAUACGAUGAUAAGGAUAUUGUUUAACUUUAUUCGUAGAUUUGACUUGCACGAGAAACUAUGGAUUCAUCCAAAUCAAGCAUAUUCUACAACAGCCAAAGAGAAGGUUAUAAGUAAGAUGAAAAUAAAAUUUUUUCCGGAAGAAAACAGAAUUUUAAAAGUAGCAAAUGAAAGUAAUAAAAGUGAAUUAGAGAAAUAUGUUUACCCAUCAAUUGCUAAAAAAAUAAUAGCACAACGCAAUACAAAUGGACCUUACAAAUCGUUGGACGAUUUAUUUGCAAUAGAUGGAUUUAAGAAUAAUGCAAUAUACAAAUUUUGUACUUCAAUUAUCACAAAUAAUAGUGGAAAACAAUCAGAUAGGUACACAGUAACACCUGACAUUCAAAUGAAUGAGAUACCAAAAACAGUAUUAGGAAUUCAUGUAGGACCUACCUUGAUAAGUUGGUUAUUAAUAAAUCACAACUUUGAAGUGUUAGAUUGGAACUACAAACAUUGGUACGAUACCAAACUAAAUAAUUCACAUAGCCUAAUCACAUUGGUACCAUCUGUCGUUGAAAGAAUACCUGCAGCUAGUGUUUAUAUAAUGGAAGAUGCUCAGCUCAUAAGGAACUCAAUAGCUAAAAACAUUAUACAUAUUCAACAACAACUAUCUGUUUCUAUCAUGUCUUAUCUAUCAUUGAGAGAUAGAAAAAACCAAAUUGCAUCACCUCUGAAUAGUAUAUUUAUAUUACAUCCCAAUACAACAGCACGUCAUUUUAAUCUUCUUCUUGGUUCAGAAGUUGUGGCAACAGAGUAUGUUGUAAAAAUUAACAAUACCAACUGUACUCUUAAGAUGAAUAGCACAGAAUCAAUGAAUUUAUACUUAAACUAUGAUAUAUUAGACAGAUAUAUGGAAGGAAACAGCGAGGAACAGGAGCAAAUGAGAUGGUCUCUUUUGAAGUGUAUAACCUUUUUACGCUUAAUCGCGAUUAGAAAUAAUUUUAAAGAAGUAUGGAAAGACAAGCAAAACGAAGAAACAAUAGAAAAUUAUUACUAUAAAUAAGAAAAUAUUAAAAAAUUAAUUAUGUAAUUAUUAAAUGAAGCAAUAAAUUGAACGAGAUAUUGUUUACAAUACAAUAGUUUCAUUUGAUGGAAACCUACUCGGGGAAAAAAGCGGGAAGGGGGAUUACAUUCAGAGUAAUACAUUGGAUGUGUACAGAUCCAUUCAUUUAUUAUAUAUUAAUUUUCAUUAUACUAUCUAUUCAUAGUACACUGUACGUCUAAUGUUUCUCGCUUCUCGAAUACGAACUCGCGUCGGGUAAAUAAACAAAUAAGUAACGUUUCUUCAUAAUGGUAACAGUAAACAUUGUAUUCGUAGAAAUACAUGUACCAUUAUGAGCAAUUUGAGUAAGUAUACGAGAGCAAGACGUCAGAGUAGUGACUUUUUCGUGAACAUAGUCAACGAAUUUGUACGACCAACUAAAAGUACAGGUUUGACAAUAUUGAUGUGCCAAAACUUUUAACGUCAAAUUAGGUAUGCUCGUCAAAAAGAGAGUAACACCGGUACUUAAUCCGGCAGUGAUGCUGUGUAAGAAGCAUGUAGUAGCUACGUACCAUUGUCUAAUCGAGUAUGGGUAAACACACCGUGUAGUUCUCCAUUGUAUAUAUCUGAUAUUCGCUUCAGUACAAUCACAUUGAAUUCUGUCGAUAGCACCUUCACAUGGCAACAAUUUUUAAUGAAAAAAAAAAAAAGAGAUCGAUGUUCAUUGGUUCAAUGUAGAAAAUUAACGGAUAAAUAUUCCUGGUACUUGUUAAAUUUAAUUGCGUGUGCCUACACUCGUGCGUGCUUUAGACUCGUCUCUCAGUUUAAUUAGUAACAUUAACAAAUAGGAACGAAUUGGUAACCGAUUAAGCCUAUAUCCUCUUAUAUAUCUGUACUUGAAAGAACAAUUCAUAUAAUGUAACAAUUGAUUUUCAAUUUCCAUAUUCAUCUAGAGAAAAAAAAGAGUCUCAUACGCCAGUUGUUAAGUUACAGAUCCGGUUACCACACGAUUAUCCAAUCGCGUAUAAUCGCAUAUAAUUAUCUGUAUGAAUCGAACAACAGAAGUAUCAACUAGUGCACCUUUCCACUUUCAUCGCCAAUGGACUACAGAUCGCUAAACUGUCGUCGGCAUGACAGUGCGCGCUAUACAAUAAAUUAUAUGAUUGCACGCGUCACUUUCUAUAAUGUUACUUCGCAAUCGCAUCGCUGCCAGGUUAACGCAAUUUAUAAUUAUUAAAGUAAUACCCGAUCAGACCAGCUGGAAACGAGUCUCGACAUAUAUGUAUAUAUAUAACGACAUAUCUAAUAUAUAAUUCUGUGUAUAUAUAAUAUAUCUAUAUGUAUAUAUACGUAUGUGCACGUCUGUUUUACGCUACAACACAUCGUGAAACGGAAAAAACGUUAAGUACGUUACAAUAAUUACUAUCUUCUUUUUUUUUGUUUGUUUGUUUCUUUAUAGUUCACAAACAUUUUUGUAACUCGAGAGAGACAUCCUUACGUAAGCGUAUACGUGUAUAAAAUCUAUCCAGCUUAAAACGUACAUCUCUCGUGGACCUCGCACCGGAGCGAUAUCACCAGCUCGCUCGGACUUGCAAUAACGAUGCGACUUGAGCAUCAACAAAUAUAACAGGGACAGAAGUGUGACAAUCUCGAGAAUAUUAUUGUUGCGAUUAUGAAAAUACGGCUGUUUUGCUCGGUGGACACGCAAAAUAGUCGAUACGAUUACAACAUUAAAUGAUUCGAUAUUACAGGGGUAUCUCGAAAUAUAUGGCAAAAUUCACCGAAAGAAAGAAUAAAUUGUUCCUCGCUUGAAAAUAAGUCGACUUAUUUAAACAACAAGAAUAACUCAAAUCUUCUUUUAGCGAUUGUACCACGCAGGGACGCUCUGCAUGUUAGUAAACUUAAAUCGUCUAUGUUUCACGGCUAUAACCGCGCAGUUACUCUACUCGAUCGCAAUUCCUCUCGCAUAAUACACAAAGCAUUCAAAUAAUUUGCUCGCGAAAGAACGGAUUGCAGUCAUAGGCAGAAAACGUAUAAACGUUAGAAUGCUGGUAAAUACUCAAAGCCGCUCGGAAUAAUUUUGCUACACGGCCUAUCAUCUCGCUGACGGACACGUUAUUGGAAUUAUCUUGUAUUUUUCUUUUUGAACUUCCGCGUGCGACAAAGAUUAGCAACAUUUUAUUGGAACAAUAAAUGACGAAUAAAAGUUCUGUUUUUCAAAGAAUUUAACAAUAAUUUGACUUUAACUUUUAUAGAACAUACAACCAAUGGAAAAUUGAUCAUCUUUUAUUCGUUAUACGAAAUUUGUUAUCUAGAUGAGCAGUUUGCCCAUCUUCGGCGUACGGCGGUUCUCAUCACUUGCCGAGUCAUUCGACAAAGUCGACGGUCACGUCUUUGAGAACUUUUUCAACCAUUCGAUACCCUGAUAAUAUUACAAUAAUAUGACUUAUUUUAUUUAGCGCGUCAUCGGAUCGUAGACAGCCUCUCUGCAAAUUGUACCGGUGCAAUUCCAUUAACACAGGACGGUCAACGAAUUUUGACCGUCGGUCUCAUGCACGCAUUCUUUUACAAAGUCGCAUCGUCGCGGUAUCUAAGCCCUCAGCAAAGGACAAACAUUUCUCACGCGUUAAAUUUACGUUACGUAUCUGAAGCCAGCUUCUUUGUAUCAAUUCCGUUUCACCCGAUAGCCUUCUUUCCAUGGUAAUUUGCGGGGCAUUGAACUCGCGCCGUGAUCCUUCUCUGCUGCUUCAGACUUCACGGUACGCAAAACGAGAAUGCCGAUGGAUAUUUUAUCGGUUAUAUCGCGAUUAACAUUCUGAGACUUACAUACACACGAAUAUCUGUUAAACAUUCAUUAGACGAGUAGAACAAUUCUUCGCUUAGUUAGCUUCGAAUCGAAGGACCUAACGGGUCGACGCAACAUACGAAAACAGGACUUUUUUCACUCGUUCUGGUUUCAAUAUACAAAAUAUUGUUAAUUCCCCUGGCCUGCAUGCGACACGCUAUUCGAUAGCGAACGAACCUUCCGUGGAACGUCGCGGUACAACAUCGCUGUCAAAUUAAGCAAGAACGUAACGAAUCGUUGUUCCAAUCGCAUUAACAUGUUUGUUAACCGAAAGGAAUAUUCCUCGUUUCAGUUACGGAAAUACGAGUGCGAUAA